AACCUGUGGAUGUGGGUGAACCCCAACAUCGUGUACCCCCUCGGAAAGUUGGAAGUCGCAGCAUAUAGUAAGAAGGAAGAGCUGACAAGCACACUCUCCUCCCCUCGGCCACCCCCAAAGGAUGAAGAUGCCAGCUGCUCGGAGUCCACCGAAGUGGAAUCGCUGCCACUUUCCUCCGGCGAGCGGACUCCUCCACGGAAGCGGAAACGGUCCAUCUCUUCCCCUGGCGUCUGGGAGCUCACAGAAGAGGAGGAGGCUGAGGACCGGGAUGACAGCUCCUCUGUGGCCCUCCCGUCCCCCCACAAAAGGGCCCCCCUCCAGAGACGGAGGCUUCUGCAAGCCAACAGCCAGGAGGGGAGGCUGUGGCCCCGGCCCCCUCUCAAUUACUUCCAUCUAAUUGCCCUGGCAUUAAGAAACAGUCCCCCCCGGGGCCUCAACGUGCAACAGAUCUACAGUUUCACUCG